AUGGGGGGCUUCAAACGGGUCAUGAUGCGUCUCAGCCCAAGCAAAAGUCUUAUACCGAUUGCUGCUGACCCCCCUAUCCGUGCAGAAGCGCCACAAGUAAAUCUCCCACAUGUGGACACACAAUUGAAUAUGCACCAGCACGCCGGAUUACGCGACGACGAAUCGGUCUCCGAAGGCCAGAAUGGCAACUACGACCAUGCCCCCUCUUCUCCGUCGCAGCCUUCGAUCCUUUCUGCGUCCAUCGCCGAUACAACCAAUGGCGACGCCCCCACAACGGAGUGGUCCGCCGUCGGCCAUGCAGCAACAGGGAAAUCAGGUCGUGUGAUCCACAAUCUCCAGGAGGAGAUAGCCCGCCUAACGCGCGAAUGCACGCUAUACAAGUCUCGGUCGGAGGAGUACCAAAGAACCAACGAAGCCUACAAGAUCCAGCAACAGAACAUGAACGAGCGCUUACGGAAUCUUGAGCAGGUCAACGAGACCAACCUCAACUCGAUUGCACGGAAAGACCGGAAGAUGGAAGAAAUGCGGAUAGAACUCCAGAACGAGCGCAGGAAGCGUCAGGAAGCGGAGAUGGGCGCAACCCAAACCAACCAGACCAUGCGCGAGGAGCGUGAAACCCACAAUCGAGAACAAGCCCGGUCAGUGGAGAUUGCCAAGCACUACGAGACACAAUACGACGUGCUAUCUAGCACGGCCAAACGCGAUAAGGCGGAACUCACGAAACGCAUCGAUGCCAUCUGGGCUGAGUUCGAGACUAUUGCUGAAGCGCAGAAAACACAUAUACAUUCCACUGAGCGGCUGGAGGUGCUUGCAGAUCAGAAGAACAGGGAAUUCGACACACUCAAGGAGACUUAUGAGAAGCUUCUUGCCACACACACCACGUAUAAGGAGGUGAAAGAGAAUGAAUUCCGCGAUACCCUUGACUCUGCCAAGUCCCACAAUGCCAAUAUUGCCGAGAUUCUCGCCCAGCUCAAGGAGACGGAGACCGAAAUGAAAUGGGCGAUCCGACUCCAUAAAAGCCGGGAGGGACAAGAGAGCCAUGAUUGA